AUGGACCCCACCUCUGCCCCGGUGGGUGGUGGUGCCUCACUGUCCUUCCACCUUCUGUUGUGGUUCUCCUGCUGCUGGUGCGUUGUCUGGUGCAUCGUGACGGUGGCGCUGCUUACCUUCAAGGGAAGGGUGCUGCAGUUUCCUCCGGCUGCGCUGCCAGUCGAGAUCACCGCAGCAGUCCUUGUGCUUCUCGUGGACGUCGCCGCUGUCUCGCUCGGGGUACGGGGAAACCUUAUGGAGGAGGUGCGCACCACGUGCCUCGCCAUCGCCCUACUGCUGGUGGCGGCGGUGGGUGCCGUUUACUACAUGUGGCUCCAGACGUACGUCAUGCGGCUCGACCUCGCCUUGUCCGCGGCGCUGCUCGGCUGCAAUGCGCUGGCAGUGGUGUCCGGCGUCUUCACGGUGCAGGCGGUGAUGCGGGCGGAGCGGGCGCCGCGGCAGAAGUUCGCGCCGCCCCCGCCGAGCCUGCCGACAAUUCUUCGUGGCGACAUGAAACAAGUGGAGUAG